UGUGUGCGUGUGUGUGUGGACACGGUCAUGUGACGCUGACCACUGUCCCGCUGCUAUAAAUGCUCCCCAGUACACUUGAGUCGCUCCUCUCCUUUCCUUUCCUUCCCUUCACAGCUGCCUUGUGCUCCAGUGUGCUCCCACUCCUUCUCCGGUCAUGGCGGACGAGGCUUUCGUGACGUUGGCGACCACGGACAACUACGCCAAGGGGGCCAUGGUCCUGGGUCAGAGUCUGCGCAACCACCACACUUCCAAGCAGCUGGUGGUCCUGGUGGGGCCGCAGGUGUCGGAGCAGAGCCGGGCGGUGCUGGGGAGGAUCUUCCAGGAGGUCAGGCAGGUGGACUUGCUGGACAGCGGCGACGCGGCACACCUGGCCCUGAUGAGCAGGCCGGAGUUGGGCGUGACGCUGACCAAGCUGCACUGCUGGACCCUCACACACUUCUCCAAGUGUGUGUUCAUGGACGCAGACACCCUGGUGUUGUGCAACGUGGACGAGCUCUUUGACCGAGAAGAACUGUCUGCUGCUCCCGACCCGGGAUGGCCGGACUGCUUCAACUCGGGCGUCUUUGUCUUCCGCCCGUCUGUGGAGACGCACGCCAGGCUGCUGGAGCACUGUGAGCGCCACGGCAGCUUCGACGGUGGAGACCAAGGCCUCCUCAACGACUUCUUCAGCGACUGGCCCACAGCCGACAUGUCCAAGCACCUUCCCUUCAUCUACAACCUCAGCAGCGUGGCCAUCUACACCUACCUGCCGGCCUUCAGGCGCUACGGCGCCAACGCCAAGGUGGUCCACUUCCUGGGGAAGACCAAGCCGUGGAGUCACGGGCUGGACGCCGCCGCCAAACAGAUGGCGGGCGGCGCCCCGCCCUCCUUCCUGCUGGACUGGUGGUCGGUGUACAUGGGCGGCGUGGUGCCCAUGCUGCAGGAGCAGUACGGCGGGCAGCCCUUCCACGCGGCGUGCGUGGAGAAGCCGGAGGACGUGUUCCCGGUAAACCUGCGCCGUGGUCUCAUGGUUACGGUUGAGCGCACACAGGCGGACGAGGAGGCGGGCCUGGCGUCCCUGGCACAGGCGCUGCACUUGUCCUCGCCACAGUUGUCGUCGGAGGAGCGCAAGCAGAAAUGGGAGCAGGGCCAGGCGGACUACAUGGGCCAGGACUCCUUUGACAACAUCAAGAGGAAGCUCGACACCUUCCUCAAAUAAGAUAUUAGUUCCCCUUCCGCCAUCUUGUGCUAACGUUGUGCUAAUGCAGUGCUAACAGUGUUUUUUUUUUUUUCUAAUGCCAUCAUGUUUUCCUCCAACUGGACUGACGACAUGUUUACAGCACCUGUGAGCAAACACCAUGUUUGGUUUUUUCCUUUUCUUCUUGACCAGGAGUUUUCCUCCAGAGAACUUUGAACAUAACACACUUUUCAAACCAGA